UAUAUUUGAGGGAUCUCUCAUUUUCUCGGCAAGUAGAUAGAAGAUACUUAAGAUGCCUGAAACCACAUCUGAAUUUGGUGGAUGAUAUGUAUCUGUUUAUACCAUAAAUUGUAAAAUUUUAAAUUAAUGUCACGUGUAAAAUAUUUUUUAUUGGUUGAAGAAGAUUGAGCCAUGUCGAUUCAGAUUUUGGGUUCAGUGACAGAUUAGCACUUGUGUUGGCAAAAGAGGAGAGAAUGUCGAACAUAAUUCUUUUUGAGGAUAUCUUUGUGGUUGAUCAACUCGACCCGAGUGUCAAAAAGUUUGGUAAAGUUACACGUAUUGAAGCACGGAACCAGAAUGCGAAAUGUUUAUGCACCUAGACGUGAAUACAGAAAUAUAUCCCAUGCGUGUAGGUGAAAAAUUUACAAUGGCAUUAGCUCACACAUUGAAUUGGGAUGGAACACCAGAUACUGGCUAUUUCGCUCAGGUAUUCUGCCUUGCAUGUUUUUCACAUUCUUUGUUAUUAUCUUUGCCACCAUAGAAAUUGUUCUACUUGAAAGAGAUGUACUUUCAUUUAUAUAACUGUUCCUGCAUUUUGCAUCAUUGUUAUUAGGGAAUUAUCUUUUUCACUUUUUUUUUUUUAAUGGUAUAAGGUAGGAUAAAUGAUUAUCAAUUAAUUAUAGAGAACAGAAUGAAAUAGAAAAAACUCAAAAGCGUCACUGCAUAGCCAAGAAAUUCUUUCUAUAUACCAGGGAGGGAGGAAGUCUUUUGCAGACAAGUAUGAAUAUAUCAUGCAUGGGAAGCUAUACAAAAUCUCAGAUGAAAGCUCAGGAAAAUUGCUUAAAGCGUAUGUAUUUAUCUUCAUGUUUGACAAGUUUGUCUUGGUAUUGGUAUUGGUAUUGUUACUCUGUGGUUCGAUAUUCACCUUUUGCUACUAUUUUACUGCAUGACUAGAUCUAACAAUCUACUAUGAGGACUUCAGUCGCUUUGUAAUCUCAGUGCUUGAUCCCUAAAUUACUUCUUUGUUUUGUUUUCAGAGAGAUUUAUGUUUCAUUUGGUGGGCUCCUAAUGCUGCUGAGGGGAGAACCUUCUCAUCUUGCUCACUUUGAGCUUGACCAGAGGCUGUUUCUCCUUAUUAGGAAGCUAUCAAACCUUGUUCUAGUAUCCCUAAUAUCAACUAAAUUAUGUAAUCAUCUUAGCAGCGAUUAUUGUAAUCUAUGAACUCCAUAUCUCUGCAUUAUCCGAAUUGUACUUUGA